AUGAUAUCGAACAGACUUUUCACCGUCUUCUGCUUUGCCAUCAUCUCUGCGGUCGUCCUCCUCCUCACAGCUCAGCAUGUUGACCAGUGGGAAAGUACCGGCAUAGCCAUACCAACCAACAGCCAACACCAAGCGCCUGUCAACCACGGACUGCAGUCGUUGCGCCCUGAUCAUGACCCUAUCUGCGACGGUUUUCCAGACACCUCUGGCAUCCUUCUGGUCAUGAAGACCGGUGCUUCCGAGGCCUUCGAGAAGCUUCCCACCCACCUGAUCACCAUCCUCCGGUGCCUUCCCGACUUUCUCCUCUUCUCCGACCUCGACCAGAACAUCGCCGGGUACCAUGUCCAUGACAGCCUUGAGACGGUUCUCAAUACUGCCAAGGACGACAACCACGAGUUUGACCUCUAUCGCCAACAGAAGGAUUGUGUUAUCGACCAAGAGAUGUGCGCCAAGAAUUUUGACGGUCUCCAAGGCGCGGGCUGGAAUCUUGACAAGUACAAGAAUAUCCACAUAGCCGAGAAAUCCCACAGGCUACGACCUGGAUACGACUGGUAUUUCUUUGUUGAUGCCGACACAUACGUCUCCUGGCCCAAUAUGGUCCAGAUUCUUCGAAAGCUUGACCCCAAAGUGCCUUGGUACCUAGGCAGUCCGACUAUGAUAGGAGGUCACCUCUUCGGCCACGGCGGUAGUGGCUAUGCAGUCUCGAGUGCAGCGAUGAUCGAGUUCGCAGGACAGCACCCCGGGAUCGCGAAUAAGUACGACGAGCGGGUGAAGGACGUCUGCUGUGGAGACUACAUGUUUGCGACUUCUCUCAAAGAAACCAUCGGCCUCGAGUUGAAAAGCCUUUGGCCGAUGACCAAUGGCGACAAACCAUCCAUGUUUCCUUACGGGGACGGACACUGGUGUCAAGCCGUUGGAACGAUGCAUCAUAUGAGCAGCGAGGAGGUCUCUCAAUUUUGGGCGUUCGAACGCAAGCGAUUCGCUCAGACACAAAAGCCAUUGCUCUUCAAGGAGAUCUACCACGAGUACUUUGAGCCGAAGCUCAUUCCCAUGCGCCAGGACUGGGACAACUACUCUGACGGUUGGUAUUACUUGGAUCAGGGUUCAAAAGACCAUGACUGGGAGGACUGGCGAAUCCAAAGAUCGACCAAUGAAGACAGAAAGUCCGAGCUACAAAAGCUGGCCCAUCUCAGUGCUGAGGACUGCGCCAGGGCCUGUGAUGAGCACGUCGAGUGCUUCCAAUGGUCGUACAAGAACGAAUGCUGCGCCAUGAAAAAGACCUUCCAGCUUGGAAGGCCCAUCAAAAGGCCCAAGGAAGACAAAGAGCGCAUGACCAGUGGCUGGCCCGUCACCAAGAUCGACCGAUGGAUUGAGAAGCAAGGAGAGUGUAAGCAGGUGCACUGGCCCACAGUGUAUUAA